GUGCAGAAAAGACGUAUCAUACAAAUUGAUAUCGUGCUUCAGCUGUCACUGUUAAAUUACAAGAUAAUAAUUUGCAAAAGAUCUGGUUUUCACUUACCAAUGAUGCAGCUGGCCACGAUCGCAUCAUCUCUCAUAUUGUUCUACGGCCUUUUUAGUACGAUCACGACUGUCAUAAGCAACGACCAUGAUGUGAUGACGAUAAAGAAUGUGUCAAUGAACGAAGAGUUGUCAACUUCAUGUAUCUUAGGCGUCAAAUAUGUCUCAAUAGCCUUAUAUACGAGCGAUAUACCUAAUGGAAAAUUUGUCCAAGUAAAUGAAUCCUGCGAUUUUCUCAAUUCUUCGACAUCGGUUUUUUUCAUGACUCAUGGAUUUAUUGCAAAUUUUUCCAAUUAUAAUUUAUCUGCCGUUGCUUCCCAAUUGUUAAAGAAACAUUAUACAGUAUUUUCGCUAGAUUGGUCUGACGCAGCGUGCUAUAACGAUCCAGCCGUUAUAAAUUUGCUAGAGUAUCCCUUUGCAGUACAUAAUGUUCGCGAAGUUGGUAACCACUUGGCAAGCUAUAUCAAAUUAGUGUGCGACACAUGCAGUGUUCCAUUUGAGAACAUUGUACUUAUAGGCCACAGUCUUGGUGCACAUAUAAGUAGCUUUGCCGCAAAAGAACUUCAGACGUCGAAUUAUGGCACAGUUCCACUUCUCAUUGGUUCCGAUCCUGCGGGUCCUCUUUUCAUGCUUAAAGGUUGCGAGGAUAGAUUUUGUGACAAAGACGCCGAACGUGUAAUAGCUCUUCAUACAUCUGCUCUCGGAUUACAGAAAUCUAUAGCUCAUCUUGAUUUGUGGUUUAAUAAUGGAUUAAAUCAACCAGACUGUGGUGGCCAGAUAAUCGGUACUAUGAAUCUCAACUGCUCACAUAACAUAGCCAUCAUGUAUCUGGCUAAUAUGUGGUUAGAUGAUUGUGUCUAUAUUGGUGUUCCUACACUACCUAGAUUUGGUAUUCCUAGUAUGGUGUCUGGUUGCUCUUCUGUCAGAACCAACUGCAUCAUCGUGGACAAUAGGAUAUUUUAUCGUAACUAUACCACGGUGGGAGACUAUUGUGUUUCUGUGAAAUCGAAAUAUCCUUUCUGUACAGAGAACAAUUCUGAAUGUUAAAAAUAAGUUAUAAGCAAAUUUAAUACUUUAAUUUCAUUGUAAAAUUCAAUAUAAAUUGAGUUUUGCCAUUGUUAAUUUUAUAUUGUGAUAAACAAAAUCAGAUUGUGUAAUUUACAUGAUUAGUAUCUUUAUUUGGC